AUGGAGCGUAAGAACAUCAAACCUAAGGCACCUUCCAUGAAUUUAGCGCUUCCACCAUCAACAUCCAACUUUGAAACCAAUAUUUCCGCAACUACAACACCAAAAUACGAAGUCAAUGAUCCAGUCACCAGUAUCAGCAAUAAAGUGGAAAAAUUAAAAAUUUCCAAAAACCAGAAGAAAGACGAUGAGAACACGACAAAUAGUCAAACAGUUGAUCCGACAAAUAAAAUUUUAUCCGCCGAAUCUAGAAGCCAGGAGGGAGACGACGAGAACACGACGAAUAGUCGGACAAUUAACAUUUCAUCCGCCAAUUCUAUAAGACAGGAGAAAGAUGAUAAUACAUCCAUAGACGAGGAAGAAGAAGAUAGUGACCCGACACUACCCGAAAGCCCGAUAAAUCCUGCUAUCGAAAAAGAGAAACCAGCAGGUCUUCUCAUUGAAGAACUCCUCAAUGGUAUCAAUAAACUAUAUAUUAAAGACGAUUCGCCUUCGGAAUUGCCAGAGAAACAACCUACAUCGAGCAGCAGCUCUACUAUCGCGAAUCACACACUUAGCCCGAUUGAAUUGGGUUCUAAAUUUUAUUAUGACAUUUCCCUUCGACAAGAGUUUUUGAAUCUGAUAUCUUCUCAGAAGCCCAUCCCCAUCGAUAGUCCGAUAUUUAGAAAGCUUGCAAACACUACAACAUCAAUAGCUCAUUAUAUGAAUGAAAUAAAAAUCCCAGGCGAGCAAUUAUACACAACCGGCACUGCAACCGAGAAGCUGUCCAACAUUGGAAAAGAGGAACUCGCCGAAAUUGAAAGUGAACUCGUCUUAAUCAACGAAAAUCUUGAGAGCGGGUUAAUUCUUUCCACAAAAAAUGCAACAUACUUCUCUGAUAGGACCAAAAAGAUUCUUGACAUGACCACAAAGUUACGAGAUCUGAUUGAGACUGUCUACAAAGCAGUGAUACUUACAGAGAAUAUCUAUGUUGGUCAUCAAUAUCAUUUGCAAAACGGGUUUUUGGAUUUGACAAGCUUUUUCGAUAAAAAUGAAGCGACACUCAGAAGACUGAACAUUAAUGUGAAAUUCGUGAAAGAAGAUCUCGCUACUUUCGAUCAUGGAAUAUCAAAAGUGCUUGAUGCAAAAGGAAAUAUCAAAAUAUCGCUUGACGGAAUAAAUCGUGCCAGAACAUUUUUGAUAGAGAUUAAAGAAAAAUUUUCAAUAUUGGUGGGAAGGAAAAUCUUUAGUGUCCAUGACUCGGAAAGUAUUCGAGAAGCAAUCGAAAAUAUCAAAAAAACUAAACAAAUUUGGAAGGAGAAAGAUUACGAGGCUGUCUCGAAACGAAUCAAAAUUUGA